CUGUUUUGUUACCAGAUCUUUGGUUCCAGGGUCAAAAGUGGGGAAAUUCAACAGACCCAGUUGAGACUGUGGACUUCUUUCAGGAGAAGUUAUACAAUUUAAGAUUACGACUACAAUGCAAGUUUCUGGGUUGACCCCAAGAGAUAAGCUUAUUUCCAGUUUGGUUUUAACUCACCUGCAAUGUAGUUUCUUGGAUUCAGUUUCACUGAUAAAUCUAUUUUAUACUGCCACAAAUGUCUUCCUCUGACAUUUGUAGGAGCAACACAGGUGUGAAAUUGAAGGCUUCAAUAGAGCCUCCAGCACUAACAUGGGAGCUUAAAGGUGACAAACAGGAGAGCAUAGUGGAGAUGGAAAGCGGAUGUGAUUUGUUUGAUGAAAUGAAAAUUAGAUUCUUGAGUUUCAAAAAGCAUAAAUACAUGGAAAACUCAGAACACUUUCAAGCACUUUCCAAGGGUCAAUCUCCUAAAGUUAUGGUGAUUGCUUGUGCAGAUUCUAGGGUAUGCCCCUCAAACAUCUUGGGAUUUCAACCAGGAGAAGCCUUCAUGGUUCGCAAUGUUGCAAAUAUGGUGCCCACAUAUGAGAGUGGGCCAUCAGAAACUAAUGCUGCAUUGGAAUUUGCUGUAAAUUCACUUGAAGUUGAAAACAUUUUAAUUAUUGGCCAUAGUCGCUGUGGUGGCAUUCGUGCCCUCAUGAGUAUGAAAGAUGAAGUAGAUUCAAGUAGCUUUAUCAGAAGUUGGGUUAUUGUUGGAAAGAAUGCCAAGCAAAUUACAAAGUCCGCUGCUUCCAACCUCAGCUUUGAUCAGCAGUGCACAAAUUGUGAGAAGGAAUCGAUCAACUGUUCACUGUUAAGCCUGCUUACUUAUCCAUGGAUAGAAGAAAGGGUGAAGAAAGGGGUGCUUUCUCUGCAUGGUGGCUACUAUGACCUUGUUGACUGUACUUUUGAGAAAUGGACAUUGGAUUAUAAGGAAAGCAUCAUGGACAGGAAAAAGAGAGUUAUAGUGAGGAACAGCUCGAUUUGGUGCUAACUUUCUCAUUUCAUCUCCUUUUAUCUUUUGCUUUUGCAUUCUCCGUUCUGUUAAGAAUGUGCUUGAUUUAUAAAUGACAACACUAAUUAAAAAAAAUAAUGUUUAUUCCUUGUAAUUUCAAGGAAUAACUACUGUGUUGUAAUAAUAAGCUACUUAUGUAUCUGUAUUUCAAGGGGAUCUUGCAACAGUAGGCCUGGGGUUGGGAGAUAGAUUUUUGUAUGUUGUAAUUUUGUAAUUUUAAAUCAUUGGUGGAUAAUUUCCAAUUUCGUUUCUUUUCUUUGUCUAUAUUCUGUACUUCAAUAAUAAGAUGAAACAUUAA